CUAUCAUUAUCCGCGCGGUAUCAAGAAGGCGCACAUGUUGACUUGAAAGUCUUGAUCGACGUUUGAAACGGAACGGACGUAUCUAGUCAUCGGCGAGGGUAGCGCUGCCAGAUCCGUCAGCUAGGUUUCAUUCAGUGGCAUGUAUAGUGUGGCAUACUAACGUAUACCGAAGCCACAGCGGCAAAACGCCAGCAAGGAGAGGGGAAAUCACAAGUAUCGGCAGUUUUUCGCAAUCCUUGUAGGAUUGUAGAUCCCCCUCACUGAAGGAUGUAUCAAAGUAGGGGGGUAGCACAACGAGGAAGCGUACGAGAAGCGUAAAUCAAUUCUGGCAAAGUAACUAAUAUGUAUUCACUUCAAUGUAUUCUGAUACUAUGACCAAGAAUCCCGAGGGAAUGAAAAGCCCAGCAUAAUGGCAUCGCCUAGUCAUUCCAAUCUACCCGAUUAUAUGAAAGCGCAGUUUUUGGAUGCCUUCAACUCGCCUUAUGUUCUCCGCUCCGUCCCGCUCCCUGUCCUGAGCUCCCCGCACGAUGUUCUCAUCAAGGUCGAUGCGGCCUCAUACUGCCAUACGGAUGCUGUCCUUGCUGUAGGGCAGAUGCUGCCUAGGCCACCUAGUCUCCCACACGUAGGUUGCCAUGAGUUUGCCGGCACAAUUGUCGCGCUGCCGAAUGACCCUCCUUCGAGUUUCAAGAUAGGAGAUAGAGUUGGUGUCCCAGGUCGCUCGUAUCAGCCAUGCGGUGAAUGCUUCGAAUGUGUCGCUGGCCCAACGUUGGAAAGUCCCGAUGCCGACCCGCCGGGAUACUCGGUGUAUUGCUCCACGGCCUUAAACAACGGGAUAAGUCGUGACGGAGGCUUCAGAGAGUAUGCCGUCGUUGAUAGUCGUCAGCUCUCUCCAAUACCAGAUAGCCUUUCGGCUGUCGAUACGGCCGUUCUCAUGUGCGCUGGUGUCACUAUCUACGGAGCCUUGAAGCGCUGUGCACUUCAACCUGGCCAGCGGGUCGGCAUUGUGGGCUGUGGGGGUGGACUCGGACACCUGGGGCUUCAAUUCGCUACUAAGAUGGGCCUCAAGGUGAUAGGAGUUGAUAAUGCGGACGCACCGCUGAAAUUGGCACGAAAUUUGGCAACCCCUGCUAGAAUAGUCGAUGCAAGAGUUGAGAGUGCGGAUGAAGUAGCGAUCAGUCUCGGAACAGAAGACGGAAAGAUGGAUAGGGCAGACAUGGGACUCGACUCAGUUAUCAUCCUACCUGAGAGUCAGAAGGCUCUCGACUAUGGCGUUGACCUAUUACGAAAUCACGGCAGAUGUGUCGUGGUUUCGUUCCCUGAAAGGGGAUUCCAUAUUUCUGCUCGAGAUAUUGUCUUUCGGGAUAUAUCUAUUGUGGGUAGUCUCGUGGGCAGCAACAAAACUUCGAGAGACGUUCUGCAAUUCGCUGCGGAACAUGGCGUAAAGGCUGUACUGAAAACAUUCCCAUUGGCGAAGCUGAAUGAUUUGGUGACCGAAUAUCACAAGGGAGAAGGUGGAAAACUUGUAAUUGAUAUGUCUUUGCCUGACUAAAAGUCUAGAUAAUAGGUAAAUUGAAUAU